AUGACGUCUAAGCUCUAUGGUAUGGCAAUUGAACGGUUCUGCUACUAUAUCGUCUUCUCCAAGGGGGCCUCAUUCAUUUUUGGAGUGAUUUUUAGCCAUGGCUUAGUAGAAAAUACAGUUGGCUGUGUGUUGAUGUCUUAUCUCGCUGACAGCUGGAAGGAGGAGCAUCUCAACAAAGCCGCGGCGGUGAUUAAUGUGAAAGAUGGCGUAUCAACGGUUAUGGUGAUUGUUGCAGCUCACACAUCAGAUGCAUACUUAGGACGUUAUGCAAUGGUCCACUUCUCUACUGCUGCUUAUAUCAUUGGAUUAGUACUACUAUGGCAAACCAAGGUUAACUUAUUUUAUGUGGCAAUGAUGCUAAUAGCUUUGGGAACAGCAGGAAGAGACGCCUCUUUCAAAGAAUUUCUAGCAGAUCAGUUAAGGGAGCUGGAACCAAACUCAAAUAUAGAUGAGGAACGAGUGGAGGCUCGUAGGAAAGUUUGGUGGCACUUUGCGUGGUGCUCAGGAGCUGCAAUAGCUGCAUUCGUACCAAAUAAUUGGGCAUAUACUUUCAAGAUAUCGACCAUUACUAUGGCGGUUGGAUAUCUAUUGUUGUGGUCAGGCACCACCUUCUACUACUGCAAAAAACCAACAGGCAGCCCCCUUACCAUUGUUUAUCGUGUAUUCAAGGCAUCUAUUUUUAAGCAGCAUCUUGACUACCCAACCAGUGCCGGUCAAUUCUUCAAGAAUGAUGGCAAACAAUUACUCUUGUUGCCUCACAUUCCAUUCUUCAGGUGGAUGGACAAAGCUGCAAUUGUAGAGACAUCUUCUCUCAGUAGUCAAGAGGAACAAGAAAAGAAAGGAAAGAUUUGCACGGUUGCAGAAGUUGAGGUCCACAGGUUGCAUUUAGUUUGCAAAGGAAGACUCAAAGACAAGUCAGACGAGAUCAUUUCCAUGAACAUAUUUUGGUUAUCUCCUCAGUUCUGCCUAUUAGGGCUUAUGGAAGGACUUGCUGAAGAAGGGCUCCGGAAUUUCUUCAACCAUCAUGUUGACGAAUCCAUGAGGAGCUAUGGGCCAGCAUUCGGUGACUGUAUAUUGGGUAUUGGGAAAUUCCUCUGCAUACCUUUUGUGCUUGCUUUUAGAGGCUGGUUUAAGGACACUUUAAAUAAGAGUCAUUUGGAUGAGUAUUACAGAAUGUUAGCAAUGCUAAGUCUUGUGAAUUUAUGCUUUUACUGGUAUGUCUCAAACAAGUACGGCUAUAAGGAAGCUCCGGUAGAGGAGGUCGACAUUGAUGCACUCUUGGAAGAAGGUUCUACAAGCUUAGUAACAAAAUUUGACCAUAGAUCCUUGAGCUGGACUACUGGAAUUUUAUCCUCCAUUAAUUCAUGCUCUCAUGACAAAGUUGCAAGGGUGGUCCCUAUUCGCUCCAAUACCUUUAGUUAA